AUCCAUAUCAUCUUGAGGCUCGCGACGAGACCCUCGGUCAGGAUUUCCAAGAGUUUCCGUGUAUUCGGUGAAACCCGGCUCGUGGUGUGGUGACGUUUUGAAUAUGUUUGGAUCACCGUCCACCUAGGAUUCGAAGAAGCAACGAUCUUGGGCUUCUCGUGGUCUGGAUACGACGGCAGAAUCUGAUAAACCCGCUCUCUGUGCUUGAAGCUACCACCUUUCACCAGCAUAUCCUAAAAGGACGCAACUCUUCUUGGUCACUCCAAUGUUUAUGUGAUCCGUCGUCGUUGCCGCUCUAUCUAGAAAAGGCGGUGAAACAUUUCAGGUCUCUUGAUCAAGGGCUAUCUGAAAGGGGUUGCAUCAAGUCUUACAGUUGUAACUCUCAGAGACUCGAUUGGCAGGGACACUCUCCAUAACGCUAGCAUCGAGUUUUGAGAUACGACAUCCUCAUACUGUAGUGGACUAUGCCUCCAUCGUCGGCACCGCCGCCGCCGCCAGGACCGUCCCGAUCAGACCGUUAUGUUCCCGACACGCAAAACACUCGUGCUCUCCUGCGAUCCUUGGAAGAGCUCCGCGACUCUCUCGCUGAUCGAGUAGAGCAAUUGAGUCAAGCUGUAGAGAGGCUCAGAGCUCAAGCAGGAGAGCUCGAAAGAGCUUUUGCAGGAGACAUGGGUGAUUUAGGAAUGGGUAGACUCGACCUAGAGGAUACAGCUCAUCCCCAGUCCGGUGCCAUCGUUCCAAGCUCUCGGAGACGAAGGGCCAUACAUUCCUCUCAUGCCUCUGGACGACCGUCGACGUCGUCUCCGCCAUCCCCUUCAAUGCCCGCGCAUCAAACCUCUUCAUCGAUCCGGGCGGAUGUGUCAUCACUCUCUCGACCCAUCACCAUGCAAGAGAUUACCGCUCUCCUCGACAGAGCCUCUCAAUCUGUUCCCCUCCCAGCCUCUUCAGUCAACCCUCCACCCAUUGAAUCGACCUAUCAUCCUGAUGGAGUACCCGCUACGCCGAGGGAAAGACCUCGACAGACGGAAACCAAUACCUACGCCAGAAUCUCAGCACUGAGGACAGAGUUAAGAACGGAUACGGUCAAUCUUGGGACGGCUUCCUCAGCAGCUGCUUUGGCUACGUUGGCAAGGGACAGAGGAGCCAGAAGAGAAUACCGUAAUGCGAGACAGCAGGGUGAAUUACGACGAGCGACUCGACUGGAUAAUGGUAUUGCUUUGGCGGAACGUCUCUCUUCUAUGGAUAUACAUCCUCGUCGACAGGGCAUGCCACCGACCAAUCUCCGUCAACCACCCCCAACACCCAUUUACGUUCGAUCGGCUCCCUUGUCCCCAGCCUCUACGAUCACGCCGGAUCACCUGCUGAGUCGCGCUUUCUCACCGGAGUCUCAGACGCUAGAAUCACUGGGAUCGGAAUCUCCGCUCGCCGCGAGACACAUCCCGCUACCGGAUGUCAUGAGCUCGAGCUACGAACCUGCGAUGCGAGGAGAGAUGGCGGAUCCUUCGUCUCUCGUAGACCCCGCGGGUAUCCUCGUUGAGACCACUGAGUCGACCUUUGACCUCCUUUCCGAUGCGCUCGGAGCACGCUCAUCAACUGAUCUCAACCUCGCUUCCGAAUCCGCCAGGGACGACGAAAUUCGUCCCAACGUCCACUACCCGGAGGUCUCGCCAAGUACAUCGACGGCUCCUCGAUGGCAAGAUGUACUGUUAGCCCCCGACUCGCUCACAUCGAGAGGGAUGCGAGUCGAAUCGAGGAUGAGCCACCUACCUCUGUCGGCGAGGGGAGCCUCAUCCUCCAAUACAGACUCGGACCAAGGCUCCUGGCGCCGUAGAAGGCCUCUCUUAGAACCAAACGAGAGGUAUUUCGAGGUUCAUGCCGUCUGGCAAGGACCACCGCAUCGACAGCCCAUUAGGGUAUUUGAGCAGUCUCAACCUGGUUCAUUGCGCAUCGACGAUGAAAUCCGAGCCAUCCAGCGAGAGGAGCGCGAACACCUCAGGUCUCUGGCGCAGGAUAUUGUCAGAUCCCGAAACCCAGCAAGUAUAGCGAAUCGAUCAGAGGAUUGGGAAAGUCACCGUUCAUAUGCUGAUCGAGAGGCCUUUUCCCACCGACAUCGAGCUGCCUAUUCUCCCACUGCUGCUGCGACGGUAGCCACGUCCUCUCGUACAGAGACGAGCUCGACUUCAUCAACCGCGAACAGCCGACAGAGUGCCCCUUCUUCUCGCGGCCCGUUGCAGAGGUCCAACGAAGUGGAUUCACCGUUGAAUAUCGAUCAACUGAAUCAUUUGGACACUGAGCUCCGGGCAAGCCUGCAACGAUCGAGAAGGCGAAUGAUGGAGCUAGCCGAGAUCAGGCGAGAUUACGUCGAGCUGCAGAACCGACCAUCUCCAAGGACAGAAGAAGGCGGCGAACGUGAUGCUAGUUUUGCGAAUUUGGAGAAUCUGUUGCAUGCUGAAUACGCGGCAUCCGCGGGGCAGGACAAUUGGCAGCAAGCACAGGUGUUUGAGGGAUCCGGUCAGAGAAGAGACCAGGAUGAUAGGCAGAGGGAGCGGAGAUCUACUCAUCCCCACCGUGAUCAUGAUACCGCGGACUCGAAAGACGCAGGUGGGUUAGAGUAUAAAUUGAGCAUGAGCGCUGAUCGCUCCGCAGGGGACAUGCGGGGCACAGGUACGGCUGGACCCGUCAAAGAAGAUUUACUGGACGCUCAUCUCUGGCUUGACGCAGCUGCCCCUCGCCGGUUCCGCUCCCCUCAGCCAAGACCGUACAUCAGCAUACUUCACCUGUGAUCGCUACGCGAUUGCCCAGUGGCCACCAAAGGGCAGAACCUGUAUCAUACAACCAUCCUGACGAAAAGCACCAAAUGACCACCACACGACGACCAAGUAAAAAGCACAACAAG